AUGCCCUUCCUGCCCUUCCUGCACCUUGACCGACGGGGAAUUUGGACCUCGGGUCUGGCCCUGGCCCCGGAAACGCCCUCCAGCCCCGGGGACGCGCCAUGGAGCGGCAGGGCGCCGACUGCAUUGCCCCUGGUCGCGCCGUCUCGGCCGGUCCUCGGCGUGGACGGCGAUACAACCGUGCUGCAGCUGCGGUCCUGCGGAUGCAUGACCUGCGUCCCCCCGAGCCGCUAA